AUGAGUUCUACGGCUUCACAAAUUAGUGACUUCAAUUUAUUAAGACGAUGUGGCAAAAGGUCGUCAAAGAAGAACAACUCGACCAUCGCGGAGCUGUAUAACAAUUUAUACGCCAGUCAAAUGGUGGCAGCCGACCAAAGGGCCAAAAUGUCGCCUCAAAGAACCAUUUCGCUGGGUUCGUUACAUCAUCCACCACCAACUCAAUUUAUGGAACCCAGACUCUCGCAACUUGAAACAUUAGAAGCUAAGAUGGCUAGCAUUGAAGUCUCGCUAUCUACAACGCUGAAAAAAACGAAAAAGAGUUCAACUCCUAUCAUACCGAGUAGCCCCCAACCGGCGAUGAUUGCACAAAAAACCAUAACACCUGUCAAAAGCAAUGGUUAUAUGACGGACAACCACGACAAAGAAAAUAUUGCUCGAAACAACGUAAAACUUCAAACUCAUCUAGUCAACGAAACCAAUGAGCAGAACAAACAUAAUCAAAAAGUACAAAGCGAUACGGUCAACGAGAGUGAAAAACAUUCGCUGACCCAAAAAAUAGAAAGCCUAAAAAAUGACAUGGACCAAAAACGAUUGACUAUUAAAAACAUAAAAAUGUCACUGGAACAAUUAGAUGUUACCGAUAACAUUGACACGAGGAUACAACAGGCGGAGUUGGAAUAUCAAUUGGGCAGGGAGGAACUUAACCUUCUUAGUCUAAUGGAAGAGACCAACAAACACAAGUGUCGUCUCGAAGAGAUUGAACAACACAACGAACAAAAUGAAAAUAACACUCUAUACAAUUAUUUAGUUUCCAAUCCCGGGGCUGUGAUUAGCUUACAAGCUGUAGAGCUGGAAUACGAUCCAAAAAGCCCUAAGUUUGGCGUGGGUUCGAGAAAAGAUAAGCCGGGCCUGUUUAUUGACUGGACAGUUAAUGAUUUGGGAUUUUCUAAAGGAGAUAGGUUACUGGAAGUGAACGGUAAAGUAGUGUUGUCGAUGAAGAACAACCACGACCUGAACCGACUGCUGGAAGUAUCGCCAUCGUCCGUGCGCGUGGUGGUCAUGCACGACGGGCCGUCAGCCGACCACCAAAUGGAGUUGGCGACGCUCAGGCGGGAGCUGGACGCUUGCCGGACCCGGGCCGAAGAAAUGGACCGGUCCAAGCACGCGUACAAGACGGAAAACGUGAGGCUGUCGCACAGGGUGUCGUACUUGGAGGAUCAGGUGUCGGAGCUGAUCAAGUGCCGGUCGUCGUCAGCGGCCUCGAACGGUGGCGGAGGCGGCAGCGGCGUGGUGUUUCAGAGGGGCGCCAACUCGGCGGUGAUGGUCCGGAGCAAGAGCCCCAAGCACGGCGUGUCGGCCAUACAGCAGUACAAACGAAAACAGGUGGUGUACGACGAUCGGCCCGCGGCGGUGAGGGCCCCGGAAGGGGGACCAGUGGUCAAGACCCGCAUCCGGACAGUGCCCCGACUGUACGGCAGUUCGGCAUCGGUCGAGUCUCUGGUGUCGUCGUCCGACGCCGUGGUGGCCGCCUGCAAAUCGUUCGACGACCUGCACGGCGUGACCGAGGGGCACGGCAAACGAAACAAGUAUCCGGCGGCUGGUGGCCGGAACAGCAGCAGGACUCGACACAUACGAGAGGCCCAGCAGACGUUGUUCCGGUUCCUCGACUCCGAGUCGUCCGGCGGAGGUGGCACUGCCCCGUACUUGCUUCAGCAGUGCGGCGGUGGCAGUCUGAGGUCGCUCGACUUGCAGGACACGGCGGCCGCCGACUCACACCGGUUGAAGAGCACCGAAUAUUACUCGCACCUGACCGCGGCCGGGGUGACCUCCUCGUCGGCCGCAGGGUCGCCGCGACCCAGCCGGUCGCUCAACUACGAUUCGGAACAGUCGGGCCGGCGGGCCCCUAUGCCGCCCAAAAAACCGUUGCGGCUGUCGCUGCAGCAGCGACAAAGUAACAGCAGUGCCGCGGCCGGUAAAAACGACGUCGAAAACACCGCAACGACGGUCAACGACAACGGCGGCGACAACGACAAUGUCGUCGUCAGACUUCGUCACGGACACAACCACCACAAUCACCAUCGUCGCCGCCGCAACGACGACGACGUCGACCUGUCGGCCAUAAACAACACCAUGUCGUGA